GUAUACCUCCAGAUCCCCCUGCAGACAUGAGAGGUUUGAGGUAUACCAAUGACAAUCCUUUCAUGCAAGUGCAUCCAUUCUACCGGCAGCAGUAUGUAGACAUGUGGAAUAACUUCGUCCAAAAUGGAGUUGGUAUUGUGGAGCCAGCGGAGAAUGAGAUUUCGGAGGAAGCCUAUAUGGAUUGGUACUACAAUAUCACGAAGCUAAAGAUUAUACCGCCAUCGAGGGCCACGAAAAAUCCGGCCGUGUACCAACAAGCCCGUGACAAAUGCGACGUGUCCAAGGCGAUGGAUUUGAUCAUCACGACUGCUCGAGGUAUGAGCGAGCUCUGUCUGCAUGAGAUGCCCCCGGUUUUCCAUGAUUCCGUAUUACCGACAUUUGUCAGGGGUUAUGACGAGCUCAUGUUAGAGACUUUCGGUCCGACUUAUGAGAGGCCCGACUUCAAGAAUGUGCUGCCCAAAAGGAAGGCAAGAAGGACCACGGAGUCAUCGAGUCAACCGUCUGGGAGUGAUUUCUUCAAAGAGUACGAAGCCUAUGAACAUCCUACAAGUUCUCCUUUCGAGACUACACAGUAUGAUGUCGGGCCCAGUGCACCUCAGUAUGAUGUUGGGCCCAGUGCACAGCAUGAUGUCGAGCCUAGUGCACCUCAUUUUGUUUAUCGGCCGGUAAUAGAUUUUGCUGAUUAUUAUAAUGUACCAAUUUCUCGUGAGGAUCCUAUUCCUCCAAUCGAGGACUUCCCUACCGAGGAUUUUAUCACGAUGCCGGUACCUCGAUAUGAAAAGGGACAUCUUCUCAAACCCCUCAACCAAAGCAAGGUGGACUGGUUGCAAGCACAUUGGUGGAGUGGACAACCAAUUGAUUUGGCUGAUAUACCGACACACUGCAAAGAACGUUCUCUGAGAUCAAUAGCACCGGGCAACCUAGUCGAGGACUCAAUCGUUGAUGAGUAUUGUAAGUUGGUCAUGGAGAGGGAUAGGAUGUAUUACAGUCAGUCAGAGAAGGCUGCAAGAUUUUAUUAUAUGAGUCCAUGGUUUGCUCCAUUGAUGAUAUCAUAUCAUAUCAAAAAGAAGAAUCUUUUAAAGAGAACGGCCAAAGAAUGGGCACAGUUUGAUACUGAUUGCGUGUCAUAUGGCACAAUGGACAAAGGAGCAAUUAAGUGUUGCGAUUUUGACUACAUUAUAAUACCAAUCGCCACGGACGGACAUUGGAUACUCUUCUUAUGGUCCGUAAAGGACUUUCGGAUUACCCUAUUCGAUUCUCUAUAUGACGAUGCCCCUUGCAUGUCUCUACGAGAAUUAUAUAGAAAGGAGUUUGUUGUUGUGGAACAAAUUAUACCUAUCAUGUUUCAUCGCUUGGCCCCCGAGAGAUUCCCGGAAGAUGCGAUUAUAUAUCCACAAGUAGAGAAUGUGGUGGAACGACCCAAGCAGAAAAAUUGUAUUGAUUGUGGUGUGUUCCUCAUGAAAUACGUGGAUUGCAUUUUGACUUGUAAUUCUGAAAACUGGCUUGGGACGGAUUGGAAUGAAGAUGUUAUAAAAAAUUUUCGUCAUCGCAUCGCAUGGGAGCUUCAUAAAGGCAUAGCCCGUCAUCCAACGGAAACAUCGCUUCAAGCUAGAUUAGCCGGAUUAUAAAUUGUUAGAUUUUGUUAGAUGGAUUGUAAUUUAUUGAUGGAUUGUUAGGAUUUUGGUAUUGAUGGAUUGUUAGAUUUCAUUUAUGGAUUGUUUAGAUUUUUUUGUUGAUGGAUUGUUAGAUUUCGUUUAUGGAUUGAUCGUUAGAUUUUGUUUUAGAUUUUGUUGAUGGAUUUUGUUGUUGAUGGGAUUGUAUGAUUUUGUUGA